CUACAAGAGCACUUCUCCUUUGUAUUCUAUCUCUGACAGGAGAUGCUGUUAGGCUGGUUGGUGGGAGCACUAAUUGCUCAGGUAGAGUGGAGGUGUACUACAACAGCCAGUGGGGCACUGUGUGUGAUGAUAGCUGGGACAUGAGAGAUGCACAGGUGGUGUGUAGACAGCUGGGAUGUGGAGGUGCUGUCUCUGCCCCCAAAGAAGCCCAUUUUGGCCGGGGGAGUGGGAACAUCUGGAUGGAUGAGGUCAACUGUACUGGUGCUGAAAAAUCCCUUACAGAGUGCUCCCAUCGUGGAACGCAUAACUGUAGCCAUGGUGAAGAUGCUGGUGUGGUGUGCUCAGAUAACAGCACAAUAUCUGGUCCAGUGAUGGCUGCCAUGAUGAAGAUCGGCACCAGGAUCAUGAGGGGUCAGGACUGGAAAUGGGAAAAUCAGGAUGGAAUCCCUCCUGGUCUGGGCCUUGUGAUUGGUUCACUGAGUGAGAGCGGGUGGAUUCGUGUGAGGUGGGACAACGGCCAUAUAAACUCGUACCGCAUGGGCGCUGAGGGAAAAUACGACCUCAAGCUAGCCGAGCCACUGCCCUCUGCACUGCCCUCUACAGAGUCCCCUAUACAGCCCUCUGCACUGCCCUCUACACAGCCAGCCACCGGUCAGCACCACAGUCUCAGUAAACUCACCUUCACUACAGCUCUGCAGAUCAGUCUCAGAGACCAGACACCUGCCGCUGCUGCUGCUAGCAUGACGUGGUCAUACAGGAUAAAGGAUCAUUCUUUAGACUCUUUUACAGUUUUUUUCAAUCGCUAACAAGCAUUUGUCCAUUCAGUUGACACAUUUUCAAAACUCUAAACACAGUUAGCACAGCAUCGGUCUUUUGUGGCCAUACCAUUCACACAUUUCAUGUUGUUUUCACACAGUAUGCAGUCAGUGAAUACAUUUUCACAAUGCUUACAUUUACUUAACAGACAAACUAUACCUCCCAACAAAAUAAUGGAUCGUUUUUGCAUUAUUUUCGAAUGUUAACACACAACAUCCCACAAUAGUUAAAACAAUAUUCCAAACCUUAGAUACAGUAUAAAAACCUCUGCUUCUGCAAUGUUAUCAAUUCAAAAGCAAUAUAUCUCAGCUGAUAAUAAACAAACAAUCGAAUAAUUGACACACAGAUGAUUUAUGUUGGGUAAAUUGGGCCAGCCACAGCUGAUUCCAGUCUAUCUUAGACUCAGUGGCAGGGGUUAUUUCUCUCUAUUACAUUGACACUUACACAGUAAAAAGAGGAGGUGAUGUUUUUGGCAGAAACAGAAAAAGACAAAUGCUGUAAUGUCUGGACGGGGAAGAGUAAGAGUAAGGGGCCCAGGGAGAAGGUCCAGUGAGAGAUGCAGUGAGAGGUGCAGGAGCACUGAGAGGAGCAGGUGCAGAGAUUAGACACAGUAAUAUUGUGCUUUUUUUUGUUCACCCCCUUUUUAUCUGGGCCUUUUGCUGUUGAUUUUUUGUUCAGAAUGCUCUUGUGUUUCAUGGAUAUUUUGUUCACUGCAAUGCUGUAAAUGCUUUCUGUUCUAUCAUAGUCUACUGUAAACAGUAUUUAUACUGCACCUCCUGUAGGUCUAGUGAACAGUAAAAUAAAUAAAUAAAAAAAAAGAUUUGC